AUGUACCAACAUCGUAUAAACAGGCUGAAGCUUAUGACUAGGAGUGCCCUCGUAGGGCUUAUUCAUGACAAGAUUAUGAAGUCACCUAGCAAGGCUUACGAUAACGGCGAGGCCACCACACUCAUGAAUAGUGAUGCUGAGAGUCUCGAUGGGAUCGCUGAAAUGGUCCACGAAACAUGGGCCCAGGUCAUUGAGGUGCUGAUUGGUAUUAGACUUCUAGCUGGUCAAGUUGGCUGGAUCUGGCCUCUUCCACUCUUCUUGAUUUACUUAUGUUCAUAUAUGAGUCGGUAUGCUGCAAAGCAUUUACAACCUCGCCAAAAGGCUUGGAGCAACGCAACCCAAAACCGCAUAGCAGCUACAAGCUCUAUGCUAAGCGCAAUUAAAGUCGUCAAGAUGCUUGGACUCCAACAGAAUUUCGCCCGUCGCAUUCAGGAGCUCCGCGGAGCUGAGCUCCGGACAGCGUCGAAACUUGGGUGGAUAAUGGUAUACUAUAACGCCUCCGCCAAUGCCCUUGGGAUAUUCUCUCCAGCUAUUACCCUCGCUAUCUAUGCUGUGAUAUCAGUUGCUCGUGGCGUCCACCUGGAGACGGAAACGGCCUUCACUACCAUGGCCAUCUUGAGCAUGAUAACGCAUCCUGCAAAUAUGGUCAUGACUAUUGUGCCGCGCGCAGCGACGGCAUUCUCUGGAUUCGAAAGGAUCCAAGAAUUUCUGCUCCGGGAAUCUUUAGAUGAUCAUCGCGGAACAUUGCCGAAUGUUUCUACGAACAGGUCCUCCCGGAACCUGGCAUAUGGCCACUUGAAAAAUUCUAACCCUGCUAUUCAAAUACGACAAUUGAGAAUUGGACAUAAAUCGCCUGUCUUAGAGCAUAGCGACAUUGAAGUAGCUGCUGGGUCACUUGCGAUAAUAUCGGGCCCUACUGGCAGCGGCAAAUCGACUCUGUUGCGCGCCAUUCUUGGGGAAGUCCUCCCUGUCCAAGGGACAAUAAGUCUAUCAGCACGACAGAUAGCGUAUUGCGCUCAGAAACCGUGGCUCCCUAAUGGUACUAUCAAAGAGGCUAUUCGUGGUGCUACUGAAAUUUACAAUGCACUCGCGCGUGCCUUGUUUUCAAAAUGCGACAUACUUCUGCUGGAUGACACCUUCAGUGGGCUGGAUGGCGAAACAGAGCAAAUCAUCUUUGAUAACCUAUUCGGGGUGACAGGCCUAACCCGACGGUUGGAGACCACAGUAGUCCUCGUUUGUAAUUCGUCCCAGUAUUUCCAAGCUGCGGAUCACGUCGUGGUUCUGGGAGACCACCGGAUUAUAGAUCAAGGGAAUUGGCAGGACAUCAGGGUAAAAGCUGCAUCCAUAGCGAAGUUCACUUCCGGCCAUCGCACCAGGGACAAGGCCGUCCUGUCGGCGAACUCUGAUGAACUCAGCGCCCAUUUACGAGCAAAAGAUGAAACUGAAAUAGACCUGGCACGACAGACCGGAGAUCCCGCUUUAUAUGGUUACUACUUGAGCUCCAUUGAUUUUAUGAACAUCUUCUUCCUUAUCACCAGCACCGCAUCAUAUGCUUUAUUCAUCACUAUUCCGCAGUACUGGCUUCGGUUGUGGACAGAGCUAGGUGGCAGAAACACUGCGUUCUAUGUUGGCGGAUUCCUCUUUCUAUCAAGCUUGUCAUGGAUCUCGACCAGCGCUCAGAUGUGGUCCAUUCUUAUCAGACUUGCUCCGCAGUCUGGGUCGCGGUUGCAUCAACGUCUAUUGCACAUCGUAACGAGCGCGCCUCUGUCGUAUUUCUCCAAAACCGAUAAUGGCUCAAUCCUCAACAGUCAAGACAUCCAGCUCAUUGAUAAACAGCUGCCAUCAGCGCUUCAAACUGCUCUAACUCAAAUCUUCAAGCUGCUCAUGCAGAUCAUACUUCUUUGCAUGGCCGAAAAAUGGCUCGCAGUAUCUUUACCAGCCAGUAUGCUGUUGGUGUAUGUCGUUCAAAAAGUUUACCUUCGGACGUCGAGACAACUCCGGUCUUUGGAGCUGGAGUCCCGCGCAGGGGUCUUCUUGAGCUUUUUGGAAUGUAUCGAGGGCCUCGAAACCAUACGGUCAUUUGGUUGGUCUAGGGCUGCAAUACAGGACAAUAUGCGAAGCAUCGACAACUCCCAACGUCCAGAAUUUCUCCGUUUGUGCCUCCAGAGAUGGCUCAACCUGGUCCUAGAUCUUUUGGGUGCGGCUGUUGCAACAAGUGUUGUUGCGGUAGCUGUAGCAUUUCGAGGGCAUGUCAGCGGUGGACAAGUUGGAAUCGCGCUCAACGUUAUGCUCGUAGCAAGCUCGACAUUACUAAAGCUUGUGGAGAAUUGGACUACACUAGAGACUUCUCUCGGUGCCAUUGCUCGAUUGAAAAGGCUUGAAGAAACGACCGCGGUGGAGGGUGGAAGAAGCUGGAACUUGGAACCCCCGGAAAAAUGGCCUUCCAGGGGACAUAUAAAAUUCAAAAAUGUCACUGCAUCUUACGAGCCGGGUUCGGUUGCUCUACGGAAUCUUAACCUGGAUGUUACCGCAGGCCAGAAACUCAUCGUGUGCGGGCGUACAGGCAGUGGUAAAAGCACGUUACUCCUAUCACUCCUACGGCUUCUGGAGCCAGAGUCCGGGCAGGUCGAGCUCGAUGGCAUUGAUAUCAGGCAUGUAAGGCUAGAUUUACUACGACGACGGUGUUUUGUCGCGGUCUCCCAAGAGCCUCUAGUGUUGCCCAACGAGACCUUGCGGUUUAACCUAGACCCCGAUGGGUCAAUGCCAGAUGAUGUCCUCGUUGCUGCAUUAAACAAAGCCGGACUGUGGUCACAUUUCUUCGAGGGCCACACGUACUCUGGGGGAGAGCCAGCUACCGCUCUCAACAUCUCAGGCUCUGGUCGUCAUCCAAUGCUUGACCAGAAGGUCUCACUGUUUCGGAAGCUAUCUGUAGGACGGAGUCAACUGUUCGCACUCUGUCGAGCGCUUGUCAAAGCUAGCUCGUUACGAGAUUCUGGAGUGAAGCCUAUAGUCCUCUUGGACGAAGCCACAUAUUCCCUCGACCCAGUUACGGAAAGCACCAUUCAUCGUAUCAUUGACGAUGAAUUUACCGAAAAGGGUCACACUGUCAUCAUUGUUGCUCAUAGGCUUGGCCCUUUGGAGAAGCACACAAAAGCUGGAAGGGAUGCCGUGGCAACGAUGGCAGAUGGUCGAUUAGAGCAAAUCAUUGCCGAUUUCGAACCGGUGAUUUUGCAGCAUUUCACGCAGGUGGGAUAG